AUGUCUGCCACCGGAUUUAUUGAUUUCUUAAGGAAAACACCUACCCAAUUCCAUGUCGUAAAGACCUGUAUCCAACAACUGCAGGCUGCCGGUUUUACUCGCCUCAGUGAGAAAGAGGUUUGGGAUGAUAAGGUACAGCCCAAUGGACGCUACUUUUUCACCCGAAACGAGACAUCACUCUUUGCUUUUUGUGUUGGAAAGGAAUUCCAAAAGGGAGACGGGUUCGCUAUUGUGGCUGCACACACCGAUUCCCCGUCGCUAAAGCUCAAGCCUAUUUCGAAGCAGGAGUCGAAGGGACAUUUGAUGUUGGGAGUGGAGAUGUAUGGAGGAGGUAAGUUCUAUACAUGGGCAGAUCGUGAUCUCUCUCUCGCAGGACGCCUGAUUUGCGAGAAAGAAGGCCGCAUUGAAACCAAGAUAUUCGAUCUCCAUAAAGCUUUGUGCUUUAUUCCAUCGCUUGCCAUUCAUCUCUCCGAUGAAAAGGAGCGAAAGGGUGACAGAGUGGAGUUCAACAAGGAAACGCAACUUCUCCCCAUCUUUGGUCUUGGUUCCCUGGACGAGAAGGAGAGCGAAGUGGACAUUUACAAUCGCCACCCCAAAGAGCUCGUCGACUUGAUCUGCAAGGAGGCCGGCGUCUCUGCCGAAUCUGUUCUUGACAUGGACUGCUAUCUCUACGAUCCAACCCCCGCAACCAUCGGCGGAAUCCACGACGAAUUCAUCUUCAGCGGCAAGAUCGACAAUCUCUCGAUGACCUACUGCGGUCUGCACGGAUUCCUGCAGUCUCUCGAGCAGCCAGUCGCCGACGACCACAUGGUUCGCGUGCUCGCCCUCUUCGACCACGAGGAAAUCGGCUCUGCUUCGCUUGCCGGCGCGGAGAGCACGAGUCUUCGCACGAUCAUCAGUCAAUUGUCGGGCGAAUCGAACGUCAGCCAGGCCAUUCGCAAGUCGUUCUUGCUGUCCUACGACGUCUCGCACGCCUUCAAUCCGGAGUACAGCGACAAGACCGAGAGCAACCAUCGCUGCAUCCUCAACAAGGGCGUCGUGAUGUCCUUCGCUGCCUCGCAGAACAUGGCGACGUCCGCUCCCUCCGCUGCCGUCAUGCGUUAUCUCUGCAAGAAGAACCGCCUCGAUCUCCAGUCCUCCGUCAAGAAGCAGGAUAUGAGGGAGGGAUCGACCGUCGGACCGCGCAUCAGCACGCAGCUCGGAGUUCUCACGGCGGAUUGCGGCAUUCCGCAGCUCGCGAUGCACAGUAUUCGAGAGAUGUGCGGAACGAAGGAUAUCGAGACGGGAGUGAAGAUCGCCGAGGCGUUCUAUCGCGAGUGGGGAACGAUCGAGAAGAAUAUGAAGCUGGGAGAAGAGUUUUGGAUUGUUUGUUUCCAUACUUUUGCAAUUCCAUUUUUCGGGGGAUUUUUGUCUGCGAUUGACCAAGUCAACAAUUCUGUCCCAUUCGUUUAA